UCACACCUCGCAGUUGACAAUUCCCAUCUCUCUUUCCUUCCACAUCACCACCUCUUGCCUCUCCUAAUCUGCGAUUGCUCCAAAUAACCAUCUAGCUAAACCCUAGAUCCGCCCACGGUCGCAGAAAUGGCUGGUCAAUCUGACUCUACCAUGUCUCUAUUUUCUUCUGAAGAGAUUGAAUUUAUGGCAGAAGAUGAAAUGGUGGAGAUUGUUCCAAAUUUGAGGAUGGAUUCUCUCAAUUUUAUUUGUGGGGAUUAUGGACCAUUUUAUCCACAAUUGGCAGCUCAAGUGCCGCUUUGGUUAGCUCUGGCUUUGAAGAAGAGAGGGAAAUGCACAAUCAGGCUUCCUCAGUGGAUGUCAAUUGAAAAUUUGACUCAGGUUUUGGAAGCAGAACGGGACUCUCACGCAUUCCAGCCUUUACCCUUUCAUUACGUGGAAAUCUCAAGACUUCUUUUCGACCUUGCACGUGAGGACAUUCCUGACAUGUAUAUGGUGAGGUCACUUAUCGAGGAUAUCAGAGAUGUAAGAUUUCAUAAAGUGGAGACUAAUCUAGAAAAGUUUACUGCAUCUACGGUGACGUGGAAAAAUAUGUCUGCAAUGGAAGUCAAUGUAAUCCGUGCAUUUGCUGGGAGAGCUCUGCAGGCAUUUUAUAAGCAUGAUAAUGAACAGCAAACACCAGAUACAGAUAGAACGCUGGAUAAACAUCCACAAAUACCUGCUGACAGGCCAAAACGAAAUUUGAAGCCUCGAUAAGAAGUCGUCAUCUUCUCGAAUUCCCUUCCUAUCUCAACCUGAAAAGAGUACAUUCUGCAGGUGACCAUAGAAGGUAUUUCAGUUUCUUUGACCUUUCUCACAAAAAUCAUGUCCCAUGCUCAUCGUAGUGAUGAAAUGACAGUAGAUUUUGCGCAGAGCCUUUUUCAGCACUAUAUGUAUAAGCUAAUUUUAUUUUUUUCUUAUUAAGCACAAUAACAUGUGAAGGUUCCUCGAUAUGUAGAAUCCAAAUGUCUCCCUCCAUGUUCACAGCUAUCCAAAAUGUAUUUGUCAAAUUGUGGGUGGAGUGAUUUCCGGGUCUUAUUUCACAUGUAUAACUUUGUGUAAGGCAAUUCUAGGAGGUAACAUGUUAAAAUUGAUUUUCUGGGA